AUGUCCAAUAACAGAACGCAGCGUCAUCGUGACAUGCAUCUUACGCAUAUUUCAGGUUUCUCGACUGCAAACGAAUGGUUGAUUGAGGAAGGUAGCGCUAUCCUAGGAGCCUGCGUUCCGACUUUCAGACCCAUACUUAAGGCGUACUUCAGACUUCCAAAAUCCAUCAACGACUGGUUUUCCUCAGUUCCAGGUAGCUCAACUUCGGCCACAGCAAGCAAAUUUUCGAAUGGCCAUAUACGCAAUAGAUUACAACUUAGUCAAUCAAAAGACGAGCAGGGGCCUUCAUUUCAACUGAAAAAAUUGUCACCAGCCUACAUUCAACGCGGAAAAGAACGGCGAAACAGGAUUCGGGACCAUGAUGAAGAUUCAGAUGACAUUCUACUGGUCGAUAAUAGGAUUUGGGUCACAAGACAUGUUACAACCUCUGGAUAG